GUGUCGUGUACAUGAGACAUGUCCUGGUUUAAUGUUCAUCCCCAUGUACAGCAGGUGGCAGCAUUAGCAGGCUGAAGUUUGCACUGGGCUCCAUCUUGUGUCGAUCAACUGUUGCUAUAGGCAGCGUUUGUAACGAAAUGACAGAGUUGCACCAGGCAGCAGCAGCCGGGGAUUUCGAUCAAGUUGAGGAGAUUCUGGGGCAAAAUAAAUGCAAUCCCAAUCAGAGAGACAUCGACUGGAGCUACAAGACACCCCUUCACUGGGCAGCAGCUAAAGGACAUACAGAGACGGUGAGGAUCCUUAUUGAGCAUGGAGCCAGGCCGUGUCUGAGGACGGAGCAUGGAUGGACCCCUGCACACUUUGCUGCAGAGUCCGGCAGGCUGGCCGUGCUGCGGCUGCUACAUUCCCUUCAUGCCCCUAUAGACAAGGAGGACUGCUGUGGAGACAAACCGCUGCGGAUAGCUGAAAUAUAUGGACACCAGGACUGCGUUCGAUUUCUCAAAAAUGCAGAAACCGAAUGCCAGGCCUACCGCAAGUUGGCAGCUGAAAAAGGGAUUUCAAUGGAUGACACAGAUGAGGAGUGGGCAGAACAGGGCAAAGAAAAUGAAGAAAACGGGAUCGCUAAAAGCAACAUCCAGAUGCUAGCUUAACUCCCUUGUACAUCCUUGCAGUGUUUCUGUGGCAUUUCAGCACUUUAGUAAUGAAAAACAUUUAAUAUACUGCAUUGCUUGUCUAUUUGACAUUGAUAUAUAGUUUAAAGCAACAAACAAAAAAUACAGUAAGGAGUUUCUAAUCAGAAACACAAAUAUCUAUUAAACAAACAUUACAACAUUG